GCUAUUUAACCGUGCAGUCUGAACAAGGUUAAUUGACACAAGUGGCCGAACCCUCAGUGAACAUCACUGAUUCUUGAGUCAAAAUGGUGUGAUAUCAAUGCACUAUAUAAGCAGGCGUAUGAAUGUCGUCAAUGCUACAGUUGUCACAUCUAAGCAGUUCAGAGCAACAAUGAAAAACGCGGUGAUUGUGUGCGCUAUUCUCCUCAUCUCGGGGACCCAAGCCUCUUUCAUUGGGGACUCAGUGACGGCGAUUCAAGAGAAGAUCGAAUCUGGAAUCGAUGCUGCCAUCAAGCAAGUUCAAGAGAUAGUGCAAAGUGCACAGAAAAAGGCCCAGCAAAUUGGUGAGGAUUUGAAGGUGGAGGCUGAGGCCAUCGCUCAACGCACGUACGAGCUCAUUCGUCAACGACUUUCAGAAAUUGACGAGAGGAUCGUGAAUAUUACGAGCGUAGCCGGAGUCGACGUGGAUGAGUGUAUCAAGAUCGGCGAGACCCUGGAAACCCCGGUCCUCGCAUCAAUCUCCAACAUGAGCUCAUGUGUCGUUGAGAAACUCCAACUGGGGAGCGGAUACGUAGAGAGCAUGGUGGCUGUCUCCAAUAACGUUAUCGAAACCCUCAAUAAUCUCAGGGAAGAGGCUAGGAAUUGUUCUAAUGAAGUUGAUGGAGUCAAGGGUGCAACUAAGGCUAUUCUUUGCGCUAAUGUUGCUGCAGCUAAAGCAACAUGGGCAACGGCUAAAGGUGUCCCGUCAGUAACAGCCUCUGUCGCUAAGCUCUCAUAUCUCUUGGGUACGCUCCACAUAACUCUUCCCUACUGCACCGCCCAACGUGGAUUUAUUUCUUUGGUACGUGAGUCUGACCGAGUUAUUGCUGAGGUGCGAAGCUGUGUAGACCGUAAAAUCAUCGAGAGCAAACCGUCUCCAUCUUCAUCCGCAUCUCCACUACCAGAACUGCCCCCACAGCUCUAAAUUAAUUGAAACCCUAAUGUAUCCCCUAAUGUAUCCCCAAAUUUUAUGAAAAGAAAAUAAAAAUGCAUUGCGGUGAGAGGAA